ACCCUCACAGCCAGGCAGGGCAGCUUUACGCACACAGUUUGGACCAGAAGGACGGACUGAACAGCAGCUCUGCGUGUCUCCUUGCAGCUGCGCCGCCAAUAUCAUUUCUGGGUUUUCUCUCGCCUUUUUUUUCUUCUUCUUCUUGUGCGUCUUGCAACAUGGGCUCCGUGCUACCAGCCGACGCUUUGGCACUCAAGUCUGGAUUUAAGUGUCCGAGCCGCUCGCUGUCGGACGUGAUCACCUCGGACAUCCUGCACAGUUUUCUGUACGGCAGGUGGAGGAACGUGCUGGGAGAACACCUGGCGGAGGAGCGUCAGAGCGGCAGCGGCUCCAGCCCCAAGACCGCCUUCACCGCCGAGGUUCUGGCUCAGUCCUUCGCUGGAGAGGUGCAGAAGCUGUCCAGCCUGGUGCUGCCCAGCGAGGUGAUCAUCGCUCAGAGCUCGAUCCCUGGAGAAGGUUUAGGGAUCUUCUCAAAGACGUGGAUCAAAGCUGGAACCGAGAUGGGCCCCUUCACUGGGAGACUGUUGUCCCCUGAACACGUGGACCUGUUCAAGAACAACAACCUGAUGUGGGAGGUGUUCAAUGAAGACGGCACGGUGCGUUAUUUCAUCGAUGCCAGUCAGGAGGACCAACGCAGCUGGAUGACGUACAUCAAAUGCGCCCGGAACGAGCAGGAGCAAAACCUGGAGGUGGUGCAGAUCGGCAGCAGCAUCUUCUACAAAGCUGUGGAGACCAUCCCACCAGACCAGGAGCUUCUUGUUUGGUAUGGAAACACCCACAACACGUUCCUGGGAAUCCCUGGAGUUCCUGGAACAGAUGAGGAACACCAGAAGAAAAGCAGAAACGAUGACUCCCACUCCUGUGACGGCGCCACCUCCUGCUCUCCUUCCUCCUCCUCCUCCUCCUUCUCCUCCUCCUCCUCUUCUUCAUCCACCACCUCCUCCGGUCGGAUGCGCUGCGUCAUCUGUCACCGGGGCUUCAACUCCCGCAGCAACCUGCGCUCCCACAUGCGCAUCCACACCCUGGACAAGCCCUUCGUGUGCCGCUUCUGCAACCGCCGCUUCAGCCAGUCGUCCACGCUGCGCAACCACGUCCGCCUGCACACCGGCGAGCGGCCCUACAAGUGCCACGUGUGCCAGAGCGCCUACUCGCAGCUGGCGGGCCUCAGGGCGCACCAGAAGAGCGCGCGGCACAAGCCCGUGGCGUCCGGCGCGGAGGUGCCCUCGCAGGUGUCCCCUCCUCCCCCUCCUCCCCCACAGAUGACGGCCAUGCCCCACCAGAUGCCCCUGGUGCACCACAUCCCCACCAUGGUGCUAUGAUGAGGAUGAAGAUGACUGACUGUGUGGCAGUUGCACUUUAGAUCACAGCUGUAGUGGAGGAGCUCCUCAUGAAACAAGCUCUCAUUCAGAAAAAAGGUUCACGGGAAAUACCUUUAACCCUCCUGUUGUCCUCAUUUACAGGCACCAAAAUUAUUGUUUGCAUGUCUAAAAAAAAUCCAAAAAUUCAGAAAAAAAAAUCCCCAAUUUUUUUGAAAAUUUGCAAAACCUUCAAGAAGAAAAUUCCAAUAAUUCCUUAAAAAUUUCCCUGAAAAGUUUUAUUUUUAAAAAUCCCCCAAAUUUGCCAAGAAAAUAAUUGUAAAUAUUUUCAAAAAAUGAGUAAAAAUAUCCUAAAAAUAUCUAAAGUGAUUACAUAUAUACCAGUAAAACUUCUAAUUUUUCCUUAAGAACAUUCACAAAAAAAAUCAACCAAAAUCCAGUGAAAUUAGCUGGAUUUUGGUUGAUUAUUAUUUUUUUUUUUGUGAAUGUUCUUCAGAAACAUUUUUAGCAUUUCUUUUUUCCACCCAAAAAUGUUUAAAGAUUUCCCAAAAAUGUUGAAAAUGUGGACAUCAGAAGCUCCACUGUGAAAAUAUAUAUAUUUUCUCCACUUUUUCAAACUUCAAAUCGGGUCAAUUUUGACCCGCAGGACAGCAUGAGGGUUAAAGUUCCCGCGUUAAUGGUGCUGCUUGUAUCUUUGACUCUUGUGUGGUCAAAAUUACAGCAUAAAGAUGUUUUAAUGUUUGUAUUUUGGAAAUGUACUUAAAAAAAACAACAACAAUUCUAUCCAGAUUUUUCAGCUCAUCUGUUACCGGUGCUUCUCUGUGUAACCAUAAGAAGUCAACAAAUGUCAUAUACAGCUACAAAUGCAAGACCAGACACAUUUUCUAUAUUAUGAUCCAUCUUUGUUUGGCAUCACCAGCUCAGGUGAAAAGUACCUUCAGAGAUUUGUACAGUCGGUAGAAAAACGCGUUCAUUCAUGGUUUUGUUCCACACUGUAGACGGAAAUUGUCACUUUAACCUUGUACAGAUCGGGUACUUUGGAGAAUUGUGACUGUAAAGCUGUAUUGUAUGCUACUGUACAUGUGAAUGUAAAUACAUUUGUGCUUUCUUCUAUUCUAAAUAAAUGAUAUGCUAUGAUAUGA